GCUAGCAUAGCUAGCUAUAGCAGCCACGCACGCACACACUUUAGUCGGCUAGCUCUGUUUGCGCACGUGGUAGCGCGAUGGCGAGGGCACUGACCAUGGGUGUGGUCGCCGUGCUGGUGUUCCUGUGCGCCACCGCCGUGCCGGCCGCCGCCCAGGGGAAGAAGGGGCUGCCCAAGAACUCCCGCGUGAUCCACCCGAAGCAGUUCGGGAGGAGGGAACAGGUGCUCUCCUGCGACGACACCACCGACGGCAACAGCCCCUGCGUCGCCACCUGCGACAGGCGCUGCCCCAACGAGUGCGUCGUCAUGUGCCCAGGCUGCAAGACAUACUGCAUCUGCGACUUCUACCCCGGCGUGUCCUGCGGGGACCCGCGCUUCACGGGCGCCGACGGCAACAACUUCUACUUCCACGGCAAAAAGGACCAGAGCUUCUGUGUGGUCUCCGACGCCGAUCUCCACAUCAACGCCCACUUCAUCGGCAAGCGCAACCCCGCCAUGAGCCGCGACUUCACCUGGAUCCAGGCCCUCGGCAUCCGCUUCGCCGACCAUCGCCUCUACAUGGGUGCCCAGAAGACCGUCAAGUGGGACAGCAAUGUCGACCGCCUCGAGCUGGCCUUCGAUGACAUGCCCGUUGAAAUCCCCACCGCCAUCGACGCCAAGUGGCAGUCCACCACCGUGCCUGGGCUGACCAUCACAAGGAAUGCCGCGGCCAACGGCAUCAGGGUCCAGCUCAAGGGAGUUUUCGACAUCUUGGCCAACGUGGUGCCCAUCACACAGAAGGACUCCCGCAUCCACAACUACGGUGUGACUGAAGACGACAGCCUCGCUCACUUCGACAUCGGGUUCAAGUUCCACGGCCUCACCGACGACGUCCACGGCGUGCUCGGCCAGACCUACCGCGCCGACUAUGUGAACAAGCUCAGCGUGAGCGCCAACAUGCCAAUUAUGGGCGGCACAGCUAGCUACGUCACCUCCGAUAUCUUCUCCACCGACUGCAAGGUCGCCCGUUUUGGCCGCGCUUCAGGAAUCUCCAUGGUCACUGGCAUCGCCACUUAAGCACCAUGCCCGACGGCUCAGCUCUAAGCUAGUGUCUUAACCCGACAUCCUAGAGUUAGCUGACGAAUAAUUAACACCUAUCUGCGACAACAGGCUGCUACCACCAUGAUACACACGAUCAUGUCAUCUUAAUACACACACAAGCAUAUGGUAUGUUCAAUUGAUUUUCAAAUGAAAUAAAGGAGUUCACCCAAGACUA